AGAAACAGUGGCUUUGAUGUCCUCUAUCACAACAUGAAACAUGGACAUUUGUCAACAAAAGACUUAGCAGACUUUAUAAGAGAAAGGGCUACAAUAGAGGAGGCAUAUUCAAGGUCAAUGACAAAACUAGCCAAAUCAGCAAGCAAUUACACACAACUUGGGACAUUUGCACCAGUUUGGGAUGUUUUCAAAACUUCAACAGAAAAACUAGCAAGCUGUCACUUGGAUCUUGUGCGAAGAUUACAAGAGCUAAUAAAAGAAGUUCACAAGUAUGGAGAUGAACAAAUCAAAGCUUAUAAAAAGACUAAAGAAGACGUUUCAGGAACAUUGGAAGCUGUGCAAAAUAUUCAAAGUAUCACUCAGGCCUUACAGAAAUCAAAGGAAAACUACAAUGCAAAGUGUGUUGAACAGGAACGUUUGAAAAAGGAAGGAGCAACACAGAGAGAAGUUGAUAAGGCAGCAGUUAAAUCAAAAAAAGCUACAGAUACCUAUAAACUAUAUGUGGAGAAAUACGCUGCAUUUAAAUCUGAUUUUGAACAGAAAAUGACAGAAACUGCACAGAAAUUUCAAGACAUUGAAGAAACACACCUUCUUCGUAUGAAAGAGAUUAUAGAGUCAUUGUCAAAUACCAUAAAAGAAAUUCAUUUACAAAUAGGAGAGGUGCAUGAAGAGUUUAUUAAUAACAUGACAAAUACUACAGUUGAGAGUUUAAUACAGAAAUUUGCUGAGUCAAAAGGAACUGGCAAGGAAAGACCUGGCCCUAUUGAUUUUGAAGAAUGUAACACAUCCAAUGCAGUAGAAGGGAUAAAACCACGGAAGAGAAAGCCUUUUGGUUUAUCAGGAAGAAUGAAAAAAGAAAAAGAUACUGAAUCUGUGGAAUGUCCAGAUGCAGACUCAGUUAACAUUCCUGAUGUAGAUGAUGAAGGAUUCAGCAUUAAACCAGAAACAACACAGGAUACCAAAGAGAACCAUUUCUAUUCAUCCAGUGAUUCUGACUCUGAAGAUGAUGAACCCAGGAGGUUCCACGUAGAAAUUAAACCUGUCCAGCCAAAUAAUAGCUCUCAAUAUAACAUGCCUUCCUUGGAUGAACUAAAAGUAUCUAUAGGAAACAUCACUCUUUCUCCAGCAAUAUCUAGACACAGUCCUGCACAAACGAAUCGAAAUUCAUCCAGUGAAGAGCUAGCAAAAUCAAAGCUUUCUGCUCCAACUAAUGAAAAGGGGAACAGUGACCUCCUGGCAUGGGAUCCACUCUUCAACAGUUCUCUUGAAUCUUCUUCUUCAGCUUCCUUGGCAUCCUCAUCCUCCUCAGCAAGGCCCACAACUCCUCUUUCUGUAGGCACCAUUGUACCCCCUCCAAGGCCUGCUUCAAGACCAAAGCUGUCUACUGGGAAACUUAGUGGGAUUAAUGAAAUACCUAGGCCAUUCAGCCCUCCGCUGACCUCUAACUCCAGUCCACCUCCUGCAGCACCCUUGGCACGUGCAGAGAGCAUUUCCUCAAUAUCCUCUUCUGCUUCCCUCAGUGCAGCAAACACACCUACAGUUGGUGUUUCACGUGGUCCCAGCCCUGUCAGCCUCGGAAACCAGGACACCUUGCCUGUUGCAGUAGCCCUAACUGAAUCUGUUAACGCCUACUUUAAAGGAGCAGAUCCCAUGAAAUGUAUUGUGAAGAUUACUGGUGAUAUGACAGUGUCAUUCCCAAGUGGGAUUAUUAAAGUCUUCACCAGCAACCCAUCUCCAGCUGUGCUCUGCUUUAGGGUAAAAAACACAAGCAAACUGGAGCAGAUUCUUCCAAAUGCACAACUUGUAUACAGCGAUCAGUCACAAAGUGACUCCAGUACUAAGGAUUUUUGGAUGAACAUGCAAGCUAUAACUGUCUACCUCAAGAAAUUAUCAGAGCAGAAUCCAUCUGCAUCCUAUUACAAUGUGGAUGUUUUAAAGUAUCAGGUAUCUUCAAAUGGCAUCCAGUCCACUCCCUUGAAUCUUGCAACCUACUGGAAAUGUAAUGCUAGCACUACUGAUGUGCGAGUGGAUUAUAAAUACAAUCCAGAAUCUAUGAAUGUGCCUAGUAUGCUGUCUAAUGUCCAGGUUGUGGUUCCAGUAGAUGGUGGAGUAACAAACAUGCAAUCACUCCCACCUGCAAAAUGGAAUGCAGACCAUAUGAAAGCAUAUUGGAAAAUAUCUAGUAUCUCAGAGAAGUCUGAGAAUGGAGGCUCUGGGUCCCUCAGGGCGAAAUUUGAACUUUCAGAGGGACCCAGUACACCAGCAACACUUGCAGUGCAAUUCAUUAGUGAAGGAAGCACCCUUUCAGGAGUAGAUGUAGAGCUCGUAGGCACUGGCUAUCGGCUUUCCCUCCUCAAGAAGAGGUUUGCCACUGGACGGUAUAUGGCAGACUGCUGAUGCACCUGUGAAAGUCAUUGGAUCGAAGAGAGUGCAAGAAGCUCACUCUCUACUACAAACACUAUUUUAACAUGCAUUAAUUUUUUUUAAAUGUUGACCUACUUUGAGGCUGAACUACAGAACAGAAAAUGCACUUUUAAAAGUCAUUUUGCAAACUUUUUAUUACUUUAUAAUAGCACUGAAGUUAACUUCAACACUGUCUGUAAAUGAUCAACUGCAAUAUUUGGGAAAAUUUGUUGAAAUGUUAGUAAAUUUAUAUAGAUGAAGUCAAAAUAUUAACCCAUAGUUGUAAUGAAAGUAUGAAAUUGUAUGCUAUACUGUAAACAUUAAACCUAAAAAUGUAGGAGAGCGAGUGAGAAAUAUUUGAGCUUUUUAUAAGUAAUAUUAAUUUGUCAGAUUCUUUAAUUGCCAGUUUUUAAAGUAAGCAGAGGCAAAGUUUCAUGUAGUUCUUCUAUCUAGUCUUGCCACAAAACCAGCUGAGUUAGAAAUGUAUACAAAUAUGUAACUU